AUGGACAGAUACAACGCAAACUCAAACUCAAACUCGGGAAACAACUUCCCUGCAGGAAAAGACACCGACAGCUCCUUCAACUUCAACUUCACAGGAAUGGCGAGCAGUGGAAGCGGAGGAAUUAAAAUGGUAAGCGAGAAAAAGUAUACUGUAAACGUGCCUGCGGGCAUAACCAAGCAGGAUAUCAAGGUAACCCAAAAAGACGGCUCCCUUAUGCUUGAGUACAAAAAAGAGAAGAAUUUGGAGGAAAAAAACCUUUCGGAAAAGAGCAGCUCGCAAGGCAGCUACAUGACCAGCAUAAGAAGCGGCCUGUGCGUGAAGCAGAUGACUCUAAAAGACGGGGUCCUGCAAAUAGAUCUGGGAGAGGGAAGCACUGAGAGUGCCGUUCCCGAAAUAGAACAGAAUUAA